AUGGCCCAACGACAGGAAGUGAUAAUCGUUGGCGCCGGUGUUGUCGGCCUGACUCUAGCCCAUGGCCUCAAAAGGGAAGGGAUCCCGUUUCGGAUUUUUGAACGCGAUGAGAGUGUAUCAACGAGAGGACAAGGCUGGGCAAUCACAGUUCACUGGGCGCUGCCUUACCUGGAGGAAUUGAUUGGACCAGAAGUUCUGGAAGACGUGAAUGCUGUUCAAGUUGAUCCGGCUAUUGGGCGCAAUGACAGUGGCAAUUUCCUUUUCCUCAACCUUUCAAAUUGCGAAACGAAGUUCCGGAUCCCGCCAUCUGACCGACGCAGAGUGAAUCGAGAGAAAUUACGAGCGGUUUUGCUGAAGGGAGUCCACGAGCAUGUCCGAUGGUCACAACGGCUGAUCAGGGUGGAACCUGGUGAUGGUGGUCAGGGUGUGAGAGCAGUAUUUGAAGACGGCACCGCGGCCUCGGGGACUUUGUUGGUAGGGGCGGAGGGCAGCAAUUCGACGGUCCGCAAGUUCCUGUGUCCAGACAACUACCGCAACAAUCAACUCCCGAUUCGAUUCGUCGGCUCUGGUGUCGACAUGACCAAAGACCAGGUGCAACCGCUACGGUCUCUAGAUCCUUUACUUUUCCAGGGCUGUCACCCAGAUACUUCAUGUUUCAUGUGGGUUUCCAUGCUGGAGGUCCCCGAGAUCAACGGCACAGCAGGCACGGCGAACGAACGGUAUCGUGUUCAAAUCAAUCUCUCCUGGCCAGUGAAAGGCCCCGAGGAUGAGGUCAAAUCCAACAACACGGACAGACUCCGAGACAUGAAAAAGCGGGCCGCAGUUUUUGCCCCCGUACUAAAAGAUGCCAUUGAGUCCAUACCUUCGGACGCGGCUGUGCUCGAGAUCAAACUCGCCGAUUGGCCAUGCCUGGACUGGGACAAUCGUCAAGGCCAAGUAACGUUGAUUGGGGACGCUGCUCAUGCGAUGACAAUGUAUCGAGGCGAGGCGGCGAAUCAUGGCAUGCUUGACGCCUAUCAUCUCUGCCAGGCUUUGAAAUCUAUAUACAAGGAGGGAAAAUCACAGCAAGAAGCUAUGGACAAAUUCGAGGAAGAAAUGAGAACGAGGACUAGUUGGGCGGUCCAGAUGAGUCGACAAGCAUGCUUUGAUGCGCAUGACUGGAGUAAGCUAGACGAGAACUCGGCUGUCUUGACGAAGAGGUCAAUGUCUGCCAAAUAA